GGACCGAAACGGUCUCCUUUAUAUCCUCCAUCUCCGCCUGACCACGCCCCGCACGUCUUCCCCCACGUCUCCGCCCCGUCCCGUCCAACCACGUACCAUCUUGAGUCCUCCUCAUUCACCCAGGCGCUAGGUCUUGUCCCAGUCUGCGAUGGCCAUGAUGGGCAUCGUCAAGGCCGACAUAGCGCCGGAGACGGCGUACGAGACGGAGCCCAUGUCUCCGGCUGCGACCAGCUCCGCCGCGGGCGCGCGGCACCGCAGGGGUUUGCUCCGGAGGAUGAUGACGCGGGGGCACUACUCGCCCGUCGGCGCCGAGCACGGAAGGGCGCCCGCGGCCGCACCGAUCGCUGCCCAUGGUUCGGAGGUCGCGGAGAAGCCGCGGCGAGGCUGGCUGCGGCGGCUGAUACCGCAGGACGGGGUGCUGCAGCGGCGGCGCUGGAAGAACCUCGGCGGCGCCAGCGCGUCGAGGCUGGCCGGACUGUCGCGAUCGCUGCGGUGGAAGCGGCUGUCCGUGAACCUGAGGGGCAGCUGGGCGUCGGCGCUGCUUGACACCGUCGCGUUCCGCGUCAUGUACGUGGUGGAGGCCAUCGUGCUCGGCCUGGCGCUUUCCUGCUUCUUCUGCUGCUGCGGCUGCCAGAUAUAGCUGGCCAUGGCCUAUUGGCCUGCAUGCCCCUUGCUGUGAUUCAUGCAAGCUCCUUCCUGUCUGCUGCUUGCCAUUGGGCGUGUAAUCUUGUACCCCCGGUCCUUUGAUUUUCUUCUGUCCUUUAUUUUAUCUCUUAAAUUAAGAUGCUUAGUUCUGUUGUUGAUCAUCGAUGGUCGAUCGAGUUGGACUCAGUUGCAUGUUGGUAUGCAACAGAAGUUACUCCUUC